CGCGCGCGCGCGGCCCCAGGUACGCGGACAAGAUGGCGGCGGCAGCAGUCGACAGCGCGAUGGAGGUGGUGCCGGCGCUACCGGAGGAGGCCGCGCCGGAGAUAGCGGGCCUCAGCUGCCUGGUCAACCUGCCGGGUGAGGUGCUGGAGUACAUCCUAUGCUGCGGCUCGCUGACGGCCGCCGACAUUGGCCGUGUCUCCAGCACCUGCCGGCGGCUGCGCGAGCUGUGCCAGAGCAGCGGGAAGGUGUGGAAGGAGCAGUUCCGGGUGAGGUGGCCUUCCCUUAUGAAACACUACAGCCCCACCGACUACGUCAAUUGGUUGGAAGAGUAUAAAGUUCGGCAAAAAGCUGGGUUGGAAGCGCGGAAGAUUGUAGCCUCGUUCUCAAAGAGGUUCUUUUCAGAGCACGUUCCUUGUAAUGGCUUCAGUGACAUUGAGAACCUUGAAGGACCAGAGAUUUUUUUUGAGGAUGAACUGGUGUGUAUCCUAAAUAUGGAAGGAAGAAAAGCUUUGACCUGGAAAUACUACGCGAAAAAAAUUCUUUACUACCUGCGGCAACAGAAAAUUUUAAAUAAUCUUAAGGCCUUUCUUCAGCAGCCAGAUGACUAUGAGUCAUAUCUUGAAGGUGCUGUAUAUAUUGACCAGUACUGCAAUCCUCUCUCCGAUAUCAGCCUCAAAGACAUCCAGGCCCAAAUUGACAGCAUCGUAGAGCUCGUUUGCAAAACUCUUCGGGGCAUAAACAGUCGCCACCCCAGCUUGGCCUUCAAGGCAGGUGAAUCAUCCAUGAUAAUGGAAAUAGAACUCCAGAGCCAGGUGCUGGAUGCCAUGAACUAUGUCCUUUACGACCAACUGAAGUUCAAGGGGAAUCGAAUGGAUUACUAUAAUGCCCUAAACUUAUAUAUGCAUCAGGUUUUGAUUCGCAGAACAGGAAUCCCAAUCAGCAUGUCUCUGCUCUAUUUGACGAUUGCUCGGCAGUUGGGAGUCCCACUGGAGCCUGUCAACUUCCCAAGUCACUUCUUACUAAGGUGGUGCCAAGGCGCAGAAGGGGCGACCCUGGACAUCUUUGACUACAUCUACAUAGAUGCUUUUGGGAAAGGCAAGCAGCUGACAGUGAAAGAAUGCGAGUACUUGAUCGGCCAGCACGUGACUGCGGCACUGUAUGGUGUGGUCAAUGUCAAGAAGGUGUUACAGAGAAUGGUGGGAAACCUGUUAAGCCUGGGGAAGCGGGAAGGCAUCGACCAGUCGUACCAGCUCCUGAGAGACUCGCUGGAUCUCUAUCUGGCAAUGUACCCGGACCAGGUGCAGCUUCUCCUCCUCCAAGCCAGGCUUUACUUCCACCUGGGCAUCUGGCCAGAGAAGUCUUUCUGUCUUGUCUUGAAGGUGCUUGACAUCCUCCAGCACAUCCAAACCCUAGACCCGGGGCAGCACGGGGCGGUGGGCUACCUGGUGCAGCACACUCUAGAGCACAUUGAGCGCAAAAAGGAGGAGGUGGGCGUGGAGGUGAAGCUGCGCUCCGAUGAGAAGCACAGGGAUGUCUGCUACUCCAUCGGGCUCAUUAUGAAGCAUAAGAGGUAUGGCUAUAACUGUGUGAUCUACGGCUGGGACCCCACCUGCAUGAUGGGACACGAGUGGAUCCGGAACAUGAACGUCCACAGCCUACCGCACGGCCACCACCAGCCUUUCUAUAACGUGCUGGUGGAGGACGGCUCCUGUCGAUACGCAGCCCAAGAAAACUUGGAGUAUAACGUGGAGCCUCAAGAAAUCUCACACCCUGAUGUGGGACGCUAUUUCUCAGAGUUUACUGGCACUCACUACAUCCCAAACGCAGAGCUGGAGAUCCGGUAUCCAGAAGAUCUGGAGUUCGUCUAUGAAACGGUGCAAAAUAUUUACAGUGCAAAGAAAGAGAACAUAGAUGAGUAAAGUCUAGAGAGGACAUUGCACCUUUGCUGCUGCUGCUGCUAUCUUCCAAGAGAACGGGACUCCGGAAGAAGACGCCUCCACGGAGCCCUAGGGACCUGCUGCACCAGGAAAGCCACUCCACCAGUAGUGCUGGUUGCCUCCUACUAAGUUUAAAUACCGUGUGCUCUUCCCCAGCUGCAAAGACAAUGUUGCUCUCCGCCUACACUAGUGAAUUAAUCUGAAAGGCACUGUGUCAGUGGCAUGGCUUGUAUGCUUGUCCUGUGGUGACAGUUUGUGACAUUCUGUCUUCAUGAGGUCUCACAGUCGACGCUCCUGUAAUCAUUCUUUGUAUUCACUCCAUUCCCCCGCCUGUCUGCAUUUGUCUCAGAACAUUUCCUUGGCUGGACAGAUGGGGUUAUGCAUUUGCAAUAAUUUCCUUCUGAUUUCUCUGUGGAACAUGUUCGGUCCCGAGUGAGGACUGUGUGUCUUUUUACCCUGAAUUUAGUUGCAUAUUCAGAGGUAAAGUUGUGUGCUAUCUUGGCAGCAUCUUAGAGAUGGAGACAUUAACAAGCUAAUGGUAAUUAGAAUCAUUUGAAUUUAUUUUUUUCUAAUAUGUGAAACACAGAUUUCAAGUGUUUUAUCUUUUUUUAAAAUGUAAAUGGGAAUAUAACACAGUUUUCCCUUCCAUAUUCCUCUCUUGAGUUUAUGCACAUCUCUAUAAAUCAUUAGUUUUCUAUUUUAUUACAUAAAAUUCUUUGAGAAAAUGCAAAUAGUGAACUUUGUGAAUGGAUUUUUCCAUACUCAUCCACAAUUCCUUUUAAAUGACUACUUUUAUUUUUUAAUUUUAAAAAUCUACUUCAAUAUCAUGAGUAGGUCUUACAUCAGUGAUGGGUUCUUUUUGUAGUGAGACAUACAAAUCUGAUGUUAAAUGUUUGCUCUUAGAAGUCAUACUCCAUGGUCUCCAAAGACCAAAAAAUGAGGUUUUGCUUUUGUAAUCAGAAAAAAAAAAAAAUCAUGAACCUUAAAAAAAAAAAAAGGUUUUGAAGGGAAGAAAAGUGGUUCCACACCUCUUGCUAUUCCUUAGAGUCACUUCAAGGCCUGUUUGAAUGUGGCAGGUUAGAAUGAGAGAGAAUGUCUUUGAUUUGAAGAGUGUUGGACUUGCGUGAAAGGAGAUGUGCGUGUUGGAAUCUGCUUCUCCAAGCUGCCAGGGUCCUGAAGGCAGCAGGAUGAAGCCUGUUGUGGCGUCUUUUGGGAAAGCCUGACUGUGUGUUCAGACGGCACUGGCUCCUUUCCGAAGUUCUUAGUAACUGAGCCUAGAGUAACUGCACGCCUUCGUGCAGCUCCGGAGCUCCCCCAACUCUCGGCCUGCCGGUUCUCAAGUGAGCUAAUCUCGUCAUUCAUCAGUGGAAGCUAACUUCUGAAGUUAGGACCUACUUACUUUGCUCUCAGCGUUUAAAAUGAUGCAGUUGCUCUAAUGAAUGGGGCAUUAGGGGCCUGUCUGUGCACCUGUCUUUCCCUCUGCAUGCAGUAUUCUCACCCACGUUGAAUGCCUGCUGCUUGUUUACCCUUUGGGAACCCUGGGGUGACUGAGGUUUGGAAAGCCACCUAAGACCACUUCAUAGCAAGGGAAGGCUUUAAGCAGUUACUAGAAAGAGAUGGGGAUUUGGCCCCUGGCUCCUCCAUCCUGAAUUAGCUAUUAUCCACUGUCCACGUUCCUCAUCAGUCAAAUCCAAAGUCAAAGGAUUUGAACCUGCAUCUGAAAAUGUGACCACUCGCAGCACCUGACCCGCCGAGGUUGGGAGGAUUGUACACUACUCUCAUUUAAAGGGGAAAGUUCGGUAAUAUGGAAUUAAUAUGAAUGAGAUGCAUUAAUAAGAAACUGAGCAUGCUGAGAGUUGCAAUUGUUGGUUUUCUGGUUUGAUUGAUUUCCUUUUUUCUUAGAAACAUCAAAGCCAAGAAAGAUCGUUUUACCUUUACUGACCCAGCUGUAAAUAUGUACCUAGACUGUUUUUAAAUGUCUUUCUUCAUGAAUGCUUCACGGGGCUCCAGGAAGCCUGUAUCACCUGUGUAAGUUGGUAUUUGGGCACUUUAUAUUUUUCUAAAAAACGUGUUUUGGAUCCUGUACUCUAAUAAAUCAUAAGUUUCUUUUUAAAAAUUUUCCAAAACUUUUCUCCAUUUUAAAAAGCCCUGUUACAAAAGUCGAACUUUCACUAUGUUAAAAUGUUAAAUAUUUGGAUAUAGCAACUUCUUUUCUCUUCAAAUGAAUGCCAAGAUUUUUUUGUACAAUGAUUAAUAAAUGGAACUUAUCCAGAGAAACCACGCAAAUGGCCUGCCCAAUUUCGUUUCAGGACAGAAAGCCCAGCCAUGACUUGAGUAGAAUGUGUCUCACCUCUCUUCGGAUCUAAAUAUGAAAAGUAUGUUCUGCUGAAUUUUUCUGAGCAUUGGUGAGCGGACAGCCUACCUGUAAACCAUGACCUCCUUGCCAAACGUUCAUUUUAUCAGCUCACUAGUAACCUUUGAGAAUUAUCUAGUUGUCAUGCAAAGAUUGCACUUUUUGAAUUAUGUUAAGUUACACAUGUUGUAAAAUGAGAACUGCUCAUGCUUUGAAAGAAAACCAGGUUCUUCGUGCGUUCUGUUGCCGUUGAUUUGAAUGGCUGCGCUGUAUACGAUGUGUCCAAAAUGUCUCCAGAGCACUGAUUCUGUGUAAUGUUAUUACCUAUUAUGUGGGAGGAAAAAAGGUUAUAGGUUAAACAAAGUCAGUCGACUGUAUGGUGGUGUUUCUCCAUACCUGUAACGCACAGGACUGUGCGUCGUCACUUUCUAAGGAGUGUGCAGCGUGUGUGUCGUCUUGAUAUAUUAAACCCUGGAAUUUCCCUCCCCUACACGCACGCACCAUCCCCGGGGGUCCGGUGUUUGCAGACUUGCUUUGAAAAGCUGUCUCAGCGAGACAUCAGUUCUGUCCAAAGUGAGUUUACCUUAGAAUCAGACUGGUUUUGCCAGGCGUCACGUUUGCAAACAUUAUCCACCUAAUCAGAUUUUGAAAGGACAGUUUUCCUGUUGGCUGCCUGAGACUUAUAACAGAUCCCCAUUAGAAGCGCAUUUACACAGCAGAAUGAUUUUAUUGAGAAAACCAGCGUUAAGUACUGUUGCCAGCUCAGUUUUCCAUUGCAUACUGUCUACUUAAAGUCUCGUUCUCAUUUUUAAAUGUUUCGGUCUUUCUCCACGGAGAACACUGAGCAGAGCGGCCGCGUUGCAGGCUUUCUGCUGCUGCUGUCAGGUAUCUUUGCUUUCCCCUCCUUAGUCCUUACUCCCAAGUAAGUGAACUCAGACUACCAGCAACUUUUUAACUGAAGAGUGUCUGUGACCAUGAUGAUCAAGAUGCAGCUCUUCAUGUUUUUAUUUAUUUAUUUAUUUAUUUUUGGAGGGAAGGAGAGACAUCAGCUGGACAAAAUGCAGAAUUUGGAUGUGGGACAAUUGCUUUUUGGAGACGUGAAUAGCUGUACUGUACGUAUUAUUUUGUGUGGCAUGCUCACUUCGAGCCGGGCACUGGCCUAAUCAAGUCUUUGUAAUCCUCCCAGCAAUCCGAUGAGGCAGGCGCAGAUAGUAAAGUUUUAGGCUUUGCAGGCCGCGUACAGACUGUCGCAUGUUCUCUGUUUUUAAAACUGUCAACAACAUUCUUAGCUCAAGGGCUGUACAAAAACAGGCUGCAGACGGGAUGGUGCCCACAGGCCAUAGUUAGCUGACCCGGGCUAGGGUGUAGGCACUUAGCAUUCCACUGUAUAAAGGGGAAACCCAGGUCAUACUGCGUGUGCGUGGGUGGGAAGCUGGAUGUGGAAUACAGGUGGUCCCUGAGUCACCAGGAACCACUGAGCUCCAGCUGUUCACACCCACACUCUCCGGCGCAAGCAACUACCUCGCCAUGGUUUAGCCUUGGUCUAGCCGCAACUUUAACCUUGAAUGUUGCAUUUCUGAAAAUUUAGAAUCUUGAAGGUAAAGGACAUCCCUUCAGUGAAUAAAAUUAUGUGCAAUUAUAGAA